AUGGCGACAAUGAAUACCACUCUCGUUGGCGCCUUCGCCCAACCAGGCACCUUCACUGGCGUCUUCGAGGAGGUCUCCAAGUACAAUGUACAGCUCAACGUUGUUGAGCGCCUGUGGGCGGCGUGGUACCUUUGGAUGCAGAAUGAUGUCCUGGCCACGGGUAUCAUGAGCUUCCUCAUGCACGAGAUCAUCUACUUUGGCAGAUGUGUUCCCUGGAUGAUCAUCGACCAGUUGCCCUAUUUCAACAAAUACAAGCUUCAAAACCAAAAAAUCCCGACACUGAAGGAACAAUGGGAGUGUGCCAGCCUGGUUCUCCUCAGCCAUUUUACCGUCGAACUCCCCCAAAUCUGGCUCUUCCACCCGAUCGCGACCUACUUCGGCAUGGACUACGGUGUUCCCUUCCCCUCUAUUGGCAAGAUGGCAUUUCACAUCGCCGUCUUCUUUGUCAUUGAAGAUACGUGGCACUACUGGUUCCACCGAGCGCUGCAUUACGGACCCCUGUACAAGAUGAUCCACAAGCUUCACCACACGUACUCUGCGCCGUUCGGUCUGGCCGCCGAGUACGCGUCGCCGAUCGAAGUCAUGCUCCUUGCAAUGGGGUCGGUUGGUGGCCCCAUCCUCUGGGUCUCUUGCACCGGUGAUCUUCACCUCUUCACCAUGUACAUGUGGAUCGUCGGCCGUCUCUUCCAAGCCAUCGACUCCCACAGCGGAUACGACUUCCCGUGGAGCUUGCGGCACUUCCUCCCCUUCUGGGCUGGUGCCGAACACCACGACGUGCACCACGAGCGCUUCAUUGGAAACUAUGCGUCGAGCUUCCGCUGGUGGGACUAUGUCCUAGACACUGAGUCCGGACCCGAAGCCGCCAAGCGCCGCCGGGAGAGGAAGCUCAAGGCCCUGAAGGCCAAGAAGGCCCAGUAG